AGGUCCUCGGGACCCGACCGUGGAUGGGUCCGGACUAUGGGGCAGCCCUGGGCGGCUGGGAGAGCCGAGGGGGCGCCCGCGCGGCUGCCGCUCGUGCUCACCGGGCUGUGGGCCGCCGCCGUGGGCCUGGAGCUGGCCUACGUGCUGGUGUUAGGCCCUGGGCCGCCCCCGCUGGGACCCCUGGCGCGGGCCUUGCAGCUCGCUUUGGCGGCUUUCCAGCUGCUUAACCUUGUGGGCAACGUGGGGCUCUUCCUGCGCUCGGACCCCAGCAUCCGGGGCGUGAUGCUGGCCGGCCGCGGCCUGGGCCAGGGCUGGGCUUACUGCUACCAGUGCCAAAGCCAGGUGCCGCCACGCAGUGGGCACUGCUCUACCUGUCGCGUUUGCAUCCUACGUCGGGACCAUCACUGCCGCCUGCUGGGCCGCUGUGUGGGCUUCCGGAACUACCGGCCCUUCCUGUGCCUGCUGCUCCACGCGGGAGGCGUCCUGCUGCACGUCUCGGUGCUGCUGGGUCCCGCCCUGUCAGCCCUGCUGCAGGCCCGCUCAGCCCUCCACACCGCCGCCCUCCUGCUGCUGCCCUGGCUCAUGUUGCUCACAGGCAGAGUCACCCUGGCUCAGUUUGCCCUGGCCUUCGUGGUGGACACGUGCGUGGCAGGUGCGCUGCUGUGUGGGGCUGGGUUGCUCUUCCACGGAAUGCUGCUGCUUCGGGGUCAGACCACGUGGGAGUGGGCUCGGGGCCAGCACUCCUAUGACCUGGGCUUCAGCCACAACCUGCGGGCAGCCCUGGGGCCCCGCUGGGUCCUCAUUUGGCUCUGGCCCUUCCUGGCCUCCCCCUUGCCUGGGGAUGGGAUCACCUUCCAGACCACAGCUGACAUGAGACUCGUGGCUUCCUGACUCCAAGAGGAGCCCAAACUGCAGAAAGCAGAGGAGAGUGGAGGAGGGGGCUGAGAACUCAUUUCCCGCCCCACCUAGCUGCAGGGGGGAAGCCAGCGUGGCCUUGAACACUUGCAGUGGGCAGCUCCAAGUCCUUCCUUGGCCUUGGCCCUGCCCCUGCCCAGCUUGGAUGCUUCUGUGUCCAGGGCUCUGGCCUUUGGCGUGGCCCUUUGAGAAGAGGAGGGUCUGGCAUGGGGGCUGCUCAGCAGGCCUGGCUGCCCCUCUGCCGGGCUAAUACAGCACCAACCCGGUUCUUGGCCUCCUUC